UAUUAUAGUAAGCCUCCAAAUGGCAACUCUCUAUCAAAAUAAUGUUAUAAUGAUCUAACACAACCAAAAACAACUGUUCAGUCUUACUUGUGAAAGUUGAAUUUCCCGAGACUUGUUUUGAGGUGUGUGACGGGUUGUACAGCCCCAAACUGUACAGUUGCAAUGAAAGUAAUGAAGAAAUUGCCAUCACUAAUAUGGCGGCUCUGGUGACCCACGAUCCAGCAGCCGAAGCGCGUUCUAGUUGAGUCCACCGCCCAGAUGCUUACGUCGUCGAGGUUUUAGCCAAUCAAUUCGUCAAACGUCACUCUACGUAAUUAAUAGUCAUGAGCCAAGCCUUCACUGUAGUAGGACUGGUGAAAACGGUAGCCGGAUGGGGUGCAGUGGUGCUACAGUUCAUCUGGGAUGCUUCAUCGUUUUAUAUAUACUAACACCAGCCGCUGUUUAAAUUUACACAAUGAACGCGUUAGCAAAACAUUUUCCAAUUGUAAAUAGUUCGUAAUUAUAGCGUUAAAUGCCAACCCAUUGAAUCAUUGUAAUCUGUUAUCUUACGCUCUUGGGAUCACCUCCAGACAUCAGUGUCUUCACUACCAUUGAUUUACCGAAAUGAAAGUGACGGUGGAUUUUGAAGAAUGUCUCAAAGAUUCGCCUCGGUUCCGGGCCACAGUAGAAGAGGUGGAGGGAGAUGUUGGAGGACUGGAGCCAAAACUUGACAAGCUAGUAAAGUUGUGUAUAGGGAUGAUAGAUGCUGGACGAGUGUAUAACCAGGCCAAUAAACAAUUUGUGAAUGGAAUCAGAGAAUUGGCACUCCAGUCCACAAGAGAUGAGGUCAUCGGGUCCAGUUUAGCUGCAUUUGCCGAGACUCUUCAGGAAAUGAACAACUAUCACACAAUAUUGUUUGAUCAAGCCCAGCGGUCCAUAAAGUCUCAACUUCAGGCUUUUAUAAAGGAAGACUUGAAGAAGUUUAAAGAUGCUAAGAAGCAGUUUGAUAAGGUGAGCGAGGAGAAGGAAGUAGCUCUGGUGAAGAAUGCUCAGGUGCCUCGUAACAAACAGCACGAGGUGGAGGAGGCCACAAACAUCCUGACCACCACACGCAAGUGUUUCCGUCACAUCGCCCUGGAUUAUGUGCUCCAGAUAAAUGUGCUUCAGUCUAAAAGAAGACUGGAAAUCCUCAAAUCGAUGUUGUCCUAUAUGAACUCCAACCUGACGUUUUUUCAUCAGGGAUAUGAUUUGUUCUCUCAACUUCAGCCAUUAAUGAAGCAGCUCGGUGCCCAGUUGGAUCAGCUGGUGGUGGAUUCAGCAAGGGAAAAGCGGGACAUGGAGCAGAAACACUCAACUAUCCAACAGAAGGCUGCUUUGCAGGACUUCUCCACUGAUGACACAAAACUAGAGUAUAAUGUGGAUACAGAUAAUGGAAUUGCUAUGGAGGGAUAUCUCUUUAAAAGAGCAAGCAACGCCUUUAAAUCCUGGAACAGGCGCUGGUUCUCCAUUCAGAACAGUCAGCUGGUUUAUCAGAAGAGAUUUAGGGAUAACCCCACUGUAGUGGUGGAGGAUCUGAGACUCUGCACUGUGAAACACUGUGAGGAUUUGGAGCGCCGCUUUUGUUUUGAAGUUGUGUCCCCUUCUAAGAGCUGGAUGAUGCAGGCUGACUCGGAGAAGCUGCGGCAGGCGUGGAUCAAAGCCGUUCAGAACAGCAUCGUUACGGCUUACAGAGAGAACGGAGAGGAAGAUGCUGUCAGUCUGGACAGGCAGUCAUCUGCGUCUCUGGGCAGUCUGGACUCAGGCUGUGAGUCGGUGAAGCCGGUUAAGGUUGAAAGUGCUCUACAGAGGGUGCAGGCCAUCCCUGGAAAUGAGUACUGUUGCGAUUGUGGACAAUCUGAUCCACGCUGGGCCAGCAUCAACCUCGGCAUCACACUCUGUAUCGAAUGUUCAGGCAUUCACAGGAGUUUAGGCGUUCACAAUUCAAAGGUGCGAUCUCUCACGCUGGAUUCGUGGGAGCCCGAGUUACUUAAGUUAAUGUGUGAGCUGGGCAAUAGUGUCAUUAAUCACAUAUAUGAAGCUCGAAGAGAAGAGAUGGGUGGCAAGAAGCCUCAGCCUGGAGAUCCCAGACAGGAAAUCGAAGCCUUCAUCCGAGCCAAGUAUGUUGAAAAGAGGUUUGUCCUGAAACCUACGGCUCAGCAGCAGAAGGAAAAGAUCAUGGCUUUGAGGAAACAAGACAAGCGCGUGAAGGGAAACAUAGAGUUUCUGCCCCCACGGCCGCCCCCUCCGACACCCAAACUCCGUACCACCUCAAACACUUCAGCUUCCCUUAGUGGUCAGGAGGUGCGGCGCGACUCGCUGUUCUGCCCUGAUGAGCUUGAUUCUCUCUUCUCCUACUUUGACACGUCCUCAAAGCUGCGGAGCCUUAGGAGUGCAGACAGUGGUAUUCAGAACAGUGCGGAUGGGAGCAGAGAGAUGUUGGCCUCCACCUCGUCCAGCAACAGCCUGAGUGAAGCAGAGCCCCAGGAGUCUGAUUCGCCCAUGUCUGUAAAUCAGACGUACUCUCCUCCUGUGUUCUCUGAGAUGACUGAUUUCUCGGCGGGACCUCUGCUCUAUUGGGCGUCCUGCGCCUGCAGUUUGACAGACAUGGUGGAGGCGUUGGCUCACGGAGCCGAUGUCAACUGGGUCAACGGUGACGACAACAAUCGGACUCCACUCAUACAAGCCGUACAGGGGGGUUCACUGAUCCCCUGUGAGUUCCUGCUUCAAAACGCUGCCAAUGUGGACCAGCAGGAUAUUCGUGGCAGAGGACCACUGCAUCACGCAACCAUACUUGGUCACACGGGUCAAGUUUGUCUGUUUCUGAAGCGAGGGGCUAAGCAGAACACUGUGGACGUUGAUGGCCGAAGUCCGCUGUCCAUCGCGGUGGAGGCGGCAAAUGCAGACAUUGUCACUCUGUUACGUCUGGCAAAGAUGAAUGAGGAGAUGAGAGGUACAGAGGUAGCGUCAGGUCAAUACUCUCAUUCCCAGGGUCACACCGAGCAACAGUAUAAAAAAUGCAUUCAAGAAUUUAUAACUUUACAACUACAGGAGUAGUAAAGCAGAAAACACCAUCAGCAUUAAAUCAAAAUCUCAGAUCAUGUAUGCUGUAAUGCAUUUACACGGGACGUCACAGCAUACGAAUCUUACUGUUGUAUAUUUAACAAACAAACAUCAUCCAUUAGUUGUUUUUUUACACAGCAUCAGCAUCUAUGUGAUGUCACUGGCCAGCAGUCACCAGACAGCACAAAUACUUUUCUCUUUUUACAAAUAUACACAGUUUUUUGUACAUUUUCUGAUUCAAAAUGUAUCUCACUGGUGCUUGUUUUAGACCUAAUGAAUAUCUGGUCUAUUGUAUUUCUAAAAUCAAAUUAAGUACUAGUUAGAAGUCACUAAUUUUAACAUCAGGAUGGUGCUUGUUUGUUCCUGAGCUGGUUCAAACUUUUGUCUGCCAUCAGUAUUUUUGAAUCUAUUACUUUUAAUAUAGGAUUAUCAUACAUGUCAAUCGCUCAGAGUAACUGCAAUCUUUGAUUUAAAUUGUAAAUUAAAUCUUGUUACUCAUCCAUAUAUCACUGACCAUGUUUACAUGCUCAUGCUUAAGGAAGAACAGCAAUAGCUGAGGAGCUCAGAUGUAAAACUCGCUAACGCCACCUAAUGAAAUUAACCAAAUGAAAUUUCCUGGGUGCGAAUUACGUUCAUCAAAUACGUUCGCUUCAAAUACACUUAAUCCCAGACUGAAAGGGGCCGCACACCAGACGUGCAGCUCAGCGCCGCGUCAAGUCACGGGGUAUCGUACACUGGAAGUGCACAUUAAAUGGCGCGAGCUUAGUCAGAUAGCGUCUACUUCAAAAUGCUAAAUAUACGGUAGCAGCCAAUUAUAAUCACUAACGAUUUGGGACAUAUAUGAUGUUAUUUAAUGUUAAACUAUGUGAGUGGCGCGACAGGGAUUUGAGCAACUUCCUGAGUCGUAGCUGGGCGCCGCAGACAGGCGCCACCUGUCGGCACCGGUGAGCGUAUACUCAAUGGCCCUCAUUUAUCAAAAGUGCGUACACCAAAUUUCCAGCGUACACCUUGCGUACACCCAAAACCACGGUGACUUUGAGAUUUAUCAAUAUGGACGUUGGCGUACGGCACGCUCAAAUCCUACGCCAGCUCAGGAGGUGGUGUACGCACAUUUUGAGUUAGUGCAGAAAUGCGCAAACACUUCCUAACACCCCAAAACGAACUGACAAACGAAAAUAUAUGAUAUAUUAUGACCCACUGUAGAAAAACAAAAACAUAGUAAUUAUAAACUUCAGUGUUUAUUUUUAUGCAACAUGUACUUCAAUGUUUAAUUUGUGAGACUUUACCGAAGCAUUUGAUUUGUAGGCAUAUUCCUUCAGUUGAGAGCCUGGGCGCUUUACCUGACGUUUCAGGGCAAAGCAUGUGAACGGAGCUUAGUGGGAGCGGAGCUUUGAGCGGUGCGGUAAUAUUACCAUCAAAGCGCCUUUCCGAAAAUUCCGCUCCCUCAGCACCGCUCGUUGAACCCAGAACGCCCUUUGAUAAUUUGCUAGUUCGAUAAUCUGUAAAAACGUCUAGCAAUAAGUUAUGGAAUUCAAGCCUUAUACAUAAAUGUAAAGUAAAAAUCAAAGUUAAGAUUGAGCAGGAAGAAAAAAUUGAAAGGGACUGCGGAGAGACUGUAAAGAGUUAGCAAAUAUUCUUCCUGGAAUCUGAAGCGGCACAUUGCAAGAAAGCACAAGGAUGUGCUACGAAAACAUGGUAAUGCAAUAAAAGGUAAGCUAGUUACGUACCAUUCGAUGAUAAAUAAAUACAGAUGAGGUAAGGUAAAAUGCUUGUGUUGAAUGGAGCCGUAAAUCCGAUCAUGAUGGACAAAAUUAUGGCCACGAAUAAUUUUUUAUGCUAUGGACACUUCUUUUUCUUAUUUAGUCUAAAGUAUGGCCAUAAAUUUAGAAUUUGUUCCCAAUAUUCAACAGUUUGUUCCUUGGAAUUAAUUAUUAUAAUAUUUAGAAUAUUUCGUAAUUACUAUUACAAUUAUUAUUACUUCAAAUUAUGAAUUAGCUUAGCUAAAACAUGUGGAUGUCUUGGAAACAAAUUGUUAAUUUGAAUUAUAUCCGGAGCUCCGUAUCAAACUGGAUCUAAGAUACAGCUAACAAACAACUGUAUGUAAAUACAGAACAACACACUACAAAAGUUACUACAUCAUUUUAAAAUAUUAUAUAAAAAAAAUUAACUGAACCAUUAAGCAGACAUAGAAUUUAGAUGUAGGCAACAGUAAAUAAUAAUAAGAAUAAAUAAUUAUUCUUCUAAAUAUCAAUUAAUAAUAAAAAUAAUAAUAAGAAUAUUACAAAUUGUCAUCCAAUUAUUAAUGUGUCUUUAAUCCCACUCUUUAA